AGGCACGUGGAUAUUGUCGCUGUCAAGAAUUGCUUAGUGAAUCUUUAGCCAGAUCGAGGUGCACUUUACUUCAAACGUGAGGUCACGAUGGAACGUUGUGGAAGAUAAUCAUCUUGGGAGGAUAAAAGCGGUCAUGGCUAUCCUUACAGAUGAUAUUAUGAUAACGAUAGGCACAAAGUUAUAGCCGGGAUUAUUAUCCGGAUGAUCACUCGUAUGACGAUGAUUCGUUGGAAUUGGAUGACUACGACGGUGAAAGUCGAAUACGAGGAGUCACUCUUUUCUAUUUCGAGUUCCACAGGACGGAACCUGAGUUCUCCUGAGUCAGAUGUAGACAACGAGACUGUUCUAAAGGUUUUCGAAAAAGCGCCAUCCCAAUGACCAUCCGGGGUAACAGGUGAUUAAGCAGCUGUAGAAGGAGAAAAAACUUUAGACAAAUCGGAUGACGUCCGAAAGGAAAAGAGGCUCUCGGCAGAGAUCGCAUAAUGCCGGAUAGAAUCCUAGCACCGGCGGUGUACAAGGAUCUUGCAGUCAGAUGAGAAGACAUUAGAAAAGGGCCUUCCAAAUAAAGAGCAAAAAAUUCUUUUAAAAAGCCCCCCCCCCCCGGAAAAUUAUACGGUAAUAGAUCCACUAAAAAUUAAUUUAGAGAUUAAGUCUGCUCUAGACAACACUAUUUUUAAGAGCAUAAAUGGCUGCUGCCAUUGCUGGAAUUGCAAAGGUUUAGAGUUCUGUGCUGAAAAGAGACCUAGAGAAUAAACUGGGUCUUGUGGAACCUUAGCGAGAUUAUUAGUUGAUUCUGGUGAUGAAACAAUGAUUCGCAGGAGUCUUAUUUUGAAGCCUAUUGUUACAUGAAAUAUGUAGAAAAAACUUUAACAUAAUUAAUUAUGUUGCGAUAAAUUUCACAGAAACGAAAAGUUCUUCGAAAAGGAUUUAAAGAGUGGCGCAAAAGCCAAUCAGAAGAUAAAAAUUCAAAAUACUCGCUGGGGCCAUCUCGCUGAAAUCGACAGAAGUCAUGCGGUCAAUCGAAAGCGAGCGGACAAAAAUAGACGUACAAUCAGCGAUAAAACUCAUCUUCUUAAGGUCGCAGUACCUAUCAAAAGCCGGGGACAAGUGCCUGCGAAAAAUAGUUAGAAAUAUUAAGGUUGUAGGUGGACUGGCAUAGUUGAAAUGUCAAUGGUCGUGGUUGAUUUCGGAUUCAACCAUCUUGAGCUAGAUUCCAGAUAUAAGAUACUGUUCAAAGAGAAACAAGAUAAUUUUGAAGCUCACAUGGAAUUAAACGACGAAUUAAGAGAGGAUUCGGACUGAUGGGAAUCGCAUAUUGAUGCUGCAAAAUGUUCCAUUAAGAGUUAAACCUGCUCUAGAAAUAAUUUCGGAUGCGUUACUCUCAGGCUAGAGUAGUUCCUUGUUAAGGUCAACGGGCUCACGGAUAUUGGAAUGCCGUAUCAAUUAUCAUCUUGAGUUGUUAGUAAAAGAAGACAAAUCAUGGAUCCUGAUAGCUUCAAGGAUUACGCCAACAAGAUGGCGGAAUACAUAACAAAUUAUUUGGAAAAUAUUAGAGAUAGGAGAGUCUUGCCAACAGUAGAACCAGGAUACAUGAAACCCCUCUUGCCAUCCGAAGCGCCACAAACCCCUGAACAGUGGCAAGAUAUAAUGGCCGAUAUCGAACGAGUAAUAAUGCCAGGCGUUACUCAUUGGCAGAGUCCAAAAUUCCACGCAUACUUUCCCACUGCGCAAUCGUAUCCCUCGAUUCUAGCCGAUAUGUUAAGCGGAGCUAUUGCGUGUAUUGGAUUUUCGUGGAUCGCGAGUCCAGCUUGUACUGAACUAGAAGUGAUCGUAUUAAAUUGGCUGGGAAAAAUGCUGGAUUUGCCGAAGGAAUUUCUUGCCUGCAGCGGUGGAAAAGGCGGUGGCGUAAUUCAGGGCUCCGCUAGCGAAGCUACUUUGAUAGCGUUACUAGGAGCGAAGGCUAAAAAGAUAAAGCAAGUUAAAGAACAACAUCCCAAUUGGAUGGAAAACGAGAUUGUCGGCAAAUUAGUCGCAUACUGUUCUUGCCAAGCACAUAGUUCAGUUGAACGCGCUGGACUUUUCGGUGGAGUAAAGUUCAGACAAUUGGAAGUCGAUGAAAAACAUAAGCUGCGCGGCGACACAUUUGCCGAUGCAAUCAGAAAGGAUAAAGAACAAGGAUUCAUACCGUUUUACGCCGUCGCUACUUUGGGUACCACUAUCGGUUGCGCCUUUGAUCGUCUCGAUGAAAUGGGUAUCGUAGCGAAUCGUGAAGACAUUUGGUUGCAUGUGGACGCUGCUUAUGCAGGAUCCGCUUUUAUCUGUCCGGAAUUCAGAUAUUUAAUGAAAGGCAUCGAAAUGGCGGAUUCAUUUGAUUUCAAUCCUCAUAAAUGGAUGUUAGUUAACUUUGACUGCUCUACCAUGUGGCUUAAGGAUCCGACAUACAUCAUAAACGCUUUCAAUGUCGAUACUUUGUAUCUCAAGUACGAUAUGCAGGGUUCAGCGCCGGAUUAUAGGCAUUGGCAGAUUCCACUUGGACGUAGAUUCCGAUCUCUGAAACUUUGGUUCGUAUUGAGGCUCUAUGGGGUCGAGAACCUUCAAAACUUUAUCAGAUCACACGUCGCUCAAGCACACGAAUUCGAGGCACUAGUUCUCUCCGAUCCUCGCUUCGAAAUUGUGGGCGAAGUUCUCAUGGGAUUGAUUUGCUUCCGAUUAAAGGGAUCCAACGAACUCAAUGAAGCCCUGCUAAAGAGGAUCAACGGUGCGGGAAAUAUCCAUCUCGUUCCGUCGAAGAUAAAGGACACGUACUUCCUGCGACUCGUUGUCUGCUCUAGAUUCAGCGAGAUCAAGGAUAUACAGUAUUCCUGGAAGGAGAUCAAGCUGAGAGCCAACGAGAUACUUGAGGAGCAAUCGGUUUCGAAGUGAUGGCGCGCUCAGAUAGCUCGCGGUUGCAGAUUGUUGGCGCCUGCCACUUGCAACCAAUCCUAGUUUCAAAUAUUUUCUCACACCCAGCGGCUUUUGAGGACCAAAUAGGCUAAAGCGACGGAUAAUUAAUAGGCGGUUUCCGACAGUUGUGCAAUAAAAAAUAAUGAUUUUUACAAACAUUUUUAAGGACAUUCUCCGGCUUCAGUCGUGCUCAACUUGUAUUCGUGCUUAAAAAGAUGUUUAUAUACAAAAUAUUACAUGCAUAUAAUAACAUCUAAAAAAUAAGAAGUUAACUUCACGCGUGAGAACUCAUGCGGUGUUGCCAAGUAACUGACGCCUCUUCUUUUCUAUCACUCUGAACCGAGAGAAAAAUUCAUCAAAUCACGUACUUUACACAAGUAUUUCUCGAAAACGAGUGCCGCAAGGGUAUUGACACUUAAUUGCAUAUUAUUUAUAUUUUUAUGGAGCAUCAUAUACUAAUUUUUCAAAAACAUUUAGAGAAAACUUUUUUCACAAUUCAUUAUAAUGUCUCUUUUACAAUAGCUUGGAAUAGGAAUUACAUGUUAAAAGUUGAAACUUUGAAACUCAGUAUCUCAAUUUUUAAUACCGCAAGAGGUAUUGAAAUUUAUACUAUCGCAUAAAGCACACCUAAAUUAACGUAUAUUCACAGUUUCAAGAAAAUCUAGAGAAAAUCGAUUUUCCGGAGAACGAUCUUAAAUUUCGAACGAUUAAACAUAUAUAUUCACGUUUAUAUUUUAUUAAGCACAACAAACAUGUAUAUAAAUAUUCUACUUGUUAC